AUGUCUUCGUUUCAAUCACGCCAGCCCUCCGAGUUCAGGUUCUCCCCCAGACAUCCGGACGCGUACCCGUCCAGCAGCCACACGGUAAAAGUACCCUGGCACCUCUCGCUGCACAUAUGCCUCCUCAUUGCCCUCGUGGUCGUCAAGCUGGUGUCUCUGUGGUGGUGGCUCUUCAACGGAACCAAAGGACAGUCUCGCGCCAAUUGCUGCUCGCCUGACAAGCCGUCUUGCGCUCUGAAUGCCGUCCAAUCGUCAUCCUGGACCCCAAAAGUACGACUCGUUUGGGAGGCGUCAGGAGGGUUGUUCUGCACGGGUAAAGUUCAAGGACAUGCGCCAUGUCAUGGUGGUCGUCUGCGGCUGGAGCUCGAUUUCAAGGAAAUGCAGACGCGUGAGAGCACACACGCAAAGACAACGUCUGAGACGACGCCACAUCCACGACCGGUGCCAGAGACAUCCUCUGCACCUGCAUCAAUAUCAGCAUCAAGAUCAGUCCGCCAGAGCUGCAAGUCCGAUGUCAAGAGCUUGCCUCUGCGUUUCGGAGUCGCUCCCAGACUAGUGCCCGUCCAGGAACUCGAUGGCGACAACGUUCUCAUGCCGUGCUCGAAGGAUCAGCCCGAGAGAUACGCCAGACUUCACGGCGGGAUGGAUCCUCGAAGAACCGUGGAUACAAACGCGAACCCAGACGCAGACGCAGACGCAGACAUGGACAAGGACAGGGUCCUGGAGACAAAAAGUUACUGUACCACUCCUGAAAUUGACACAGAUACAAACACCAACACAAACGAAAACCCAGGCCAAAAGGUAGACGAAGACAUCGACGCAGUCAUACAUAACCACCACGACAACCACGCCCACCAUAUGACCUCCUACCUCCAGCUGGAAGACCACAUCGAGGAAGUAAUACGGGAGUUUGACGAGCUCCAACGCCACCGCACCGGCAGUUUGUUGAGAGAAGCACUCACGCACAACGAACGCGCACGUCUGAUCGCGCUGUAUACCCGUCUGGAGAGGCGUCUGGAGGAGCAUAUGAGAGGGCUGGGCAUGGAGGUCGACGGGUCGGGGGUGCAGCUUGAGGGGCAUGAGCAUGGGAAUCAGGCUCAGCAUGAGCCUGCAGAUGCCGUACUUCGUUUGGCACACUGGUUGGCCAGAGCGACAUGA